AUGAGCGGCUGCCGGAUCCACUACGUGCAUGCUCUGCAUUCCCGCUACGGACCCAUCGUCAGGAUAUCGCCGUUUCAAGUUGCCGUUGCAGACCCCGAAGGAUUUACCGCCAUCCACCGCAUUGGGUCGGGUUUCGUUAAGACCCAAUGGUACGAGGACUUCUCCGGCGGAUCCGGUAUUGGUAUUGGGGUCUUCGCCAUGACAGACACGAAGAGACAUGCAGCGCGACGCAAGUUGUUCGCUCGCGCUUUCUCCACUGCCAACAUCCGACAAAAUUGCGAAUCAGUUGUGAGAGAGAAGGUGGUCAAAGCUGUCGACAGAAUCAAGGCUGAGGCAUUGAAUGGUUCUGCAGACGUGCUCCACUGGUGGCUGCUCAUGGCCUCGGAUGUCAUCGGUCAGCUGGCGUUUGGAGAGUCAUUUGAGCUUCUCGAGAGUGGCAAGAAAAACGACUACAUCGAAACGCUCCACAUGGCCGCGAUUAGCGCAACAGUCAGCUAUGAGCUGCCCUGGCUUCACAAAAUAUCUGGAUAUAUCCCCAUUCAAGUAUUGCAGAGGGUUCUCAACUCUGGCAAUAAAGUCAGUGAAUAUGGAGGCCGGGCUGUCUCCAACUUGAUGAGACACAGAGACAACAAGGCAAACAUCUUCGCAAAUAUGCUGGCUGAGUGCGACGCCAACGAGAAAGUAGAUCUUACGCCGCAAGACAUCAGGAUCGAGGCCAACAACUUUAUAUUCGCAGGUGCCGACACUACAUCAUCGACACUAACCUACCUCGUCUGGGCUGUGCUCAAGAGACCUGAUCUCCAAGCUCGACUGGAAGAGGAGGUAGCGGCGGUUGAGGAGUCGUUGCUGCUGGAAGAUGCUUUUCUGGAGAAGUUGCCCCUCCUGAACGCGGUUGUCGAGGAGACUUUGCGGCUCUACACUGCUUUACCAAGCAAUCUGUCGCGCGUAGUCCCUUCAAAAGGCACAACUCUGGGAGGCUAUUUCAUCCCGGCCGGUUUGCAGGUUGAGACACAAGCAUUUACCCUUCAUCGAAACGCCGAGAUCUGGCCCGAGCCACUCAAGAUGGGUGCCGCAUUGUUGUUCAGAAAGUGCCCUGGCUUGAAGCUUUCGGCAUCAAUGAAGGAUUCCAUGAUGGAUAUGGAGAACUUCUUCAUUAUUGCGCCCGUUGGCCACCAGUGUGAUGUCACGCUUGACGCUUGA